CUCUCUCUAAAGGUCAGGAACAAAACAGCGGGGCGGGCGCGACCCAUGUUCCUUCGAGACCAGAUCCUCCCCCAUGGCUCCAGAGAGAGAAAACCCACGCCCCAUCUGAGCCAUGCCACCUCUCUCAGGCCUCAGAGCUCCAACACUCUCUCGUUCUCCCUCCCUAGAUUUUUUCUCUCUACAAUUGCUCAGAUCUGAUGGUGGGUGUCCUCAGAAGGGGAGGAGAGAUCGAGAGGUAGGGCUUGGUGCGUCUGCACAAUGCAGGUCCAUAUCUCUCCUAGCAUGAGAAGCAUCACGAUUUCGACGACGAGCAAUGGCUUAUUGGACUUUAUGAAGAUCAAGGUAGCAGCUCGACACAUCUCUUACAGGACCCUCUUCCACACCAUGCUCAUCCUUGCCUUCCUCCUCCCCUUCAUCUUCAUCUUGACUGCGGUUAUGACCCUCGAAGGCGUCAACAAAUGCUCAUCUCUCGAUUGUUUGGGUAGGCGUUUGGGACCGAGGUUUCUUGGAAGGGGAGAUGAUUCAGAGAGACUGGUUAGGGAUCUAUACAAGCUUCUAAAUCAGGUGAAUGCUGAAGAAGUCCCUGAUGGAUUGAAGGUGCCUGCAUCUUUUGGGGACUUUGUGGCAGAAAUGAAGGCUAAUCAAUAUGAUGCCAAGACAUUUGCUGUCAAGUUAAAGGCCAUGGUGGAGCAUCUGGAGAAGGAAACGAGGGCAGCCAAGCUCCAAGAGUUUCUUUACAAGCACUUUGCAGCCAGUGGGAUACCAAAAGGAAUAUACUGUCUCUCUCUUCGACUCACUGAUGAGUACUCAUCAAAUGCCAAUGCACGGAGGCAGCUACCACCUCCUGAGAUGCUACCAACCCUAACCGACAAUUCCUUCCACCACUUUAUCCUAGCUACCGAUAACAUCCUUGCUGCCUCUGUGGUGGUCUCAUCGACUGUUAUGGCAGCCUUGGAGCCUGGAAAGAUAGUCUUCCAUUUGAUCACUGAUAAGAAGACCUAUGCAGGCAUGCACUCUUGGUUUGCUUUGAAUCCACCCAAUCCAGCCAUUGUUGAGGUGAAGGGGGUGCACCAGUUUGAUUGGCUGACUAGAGAGAAUGUGCCUGUUCUUGAGGCUGUUGAGAGCCAUGUCAAUAUUCGGAGGUAUUACCAUGGAGACCACAUCAAGGGGACUGAUCUGAACGAUGCUCCUAGGCUAGUUGCUUCAAAGUUGCAGGCUAGGAGCCCCAAGUACAUAUCCAUACUCAAUCAUCUCCGCAUAUACCUUCCUGAGCUCUUUCCUAAGCUCGAUAAGGUCGUGUUCUUAGACGAUGAUGUGGUGAUCCAAAGAGACCUAUCUCCCUUAUGGGACAUUGACCUCAAUGGGAAGGUGAAUGGUGCUGUGGAGACUUGCAGGGGCGAUGAUCAGUGGGUGAUGUCCAAACGCUUUAGGAAUUACUUCAAUUUCUCUCAUCCCCUUGUAGCCAAGCACUUGGACCCAGAAGAGUGUGCUUGGGCUUAUGGGAUGAACAUAUUUGACCUAAAUGCGUGGAGGAAGACGAACAUCCGAGACACUUAUGAUAACUGGUUAAAAGAGAAUUUGAGCUCGAACCUGACUCUAUGGAGGUUAGGAACACUGCCUCCGGCUCUGAUAGCUUUUAGUGGUCAUGUGCACCCAAUUGACUCAUCAUGGCACAUGCUUGGCCUUGGAUACCAGCCUGAAACCAACCUUGAAAACAUAAAAAGGGCAGCAGUGAUACACUAUAAUGGUCAAGGGAAGCCAUGGCUGGAAAUCGGGUUCAAAGAGCUCCGACCCUUUUGGACAAAGCACGUGAAUUAUUCGAAUGACUUCAUAAGGAACUGCCAUAUUAUGGAGCCAUAGUUUUUACAUUUACCCGUAGGGAAAACCCCCAUUUUUUCCUUUUUUCUUUUAUGCUCAGAAUUUUUUUCUCCGGAAAAAAUUGGUGUUGGGAUCAUUAUCCUCUUACAACGAAGUAGAAAGAAGGCGGGAUUCUAUUCAUUUGUAACAUAGCAAUCCAGGUCUCUCUUUAAAAGGGUAACUUUUCCCAUUGCAAUUUGCAUGACCCGGAAAAAGAAAGAGAACGGCCCGAGUUGUAACAGUAAAUGCUACCCUUGAUCCGAGUUUGGAUGCGAUGGAACACGAAGAGGCAUGGCGGAAGGUUUGGUGGCCAGAAUAUCUCUCCCUCUCUCUGGCCCACCCCAUUUUUGAAUAUUUUUGCUAUUUUUUCUUUUUUCCUGUAUUCAUGUGGUCAUUCUUAGGAGUAUUGGAGGUUGCUGUGUUGGCCGAUCCCAUGGAAUUGUGGGAAUUUUUAAGGUUCAUUUGUGAACAUUUUAUGAAAUGAUAUUGAAAAUGUGCAGAUUAAUUCUUU